AUGAGCGCCCCCACUCAGCUGCAACCACCAGCAAGUCCAACUUACAUUCUCCGCGGCCAUGCCUCCCCAAUCCACGCCCUGCAUAUUUUCCACCAAAACCUGCGGCUCAUCUCCGGCGACGCCGAUGGCUGGGUAAUCGUCUGGGACCUAGUGUUCAAGCGCCCCGUCGCCGUCUGGAAAGCGCACGAAGGCGCCAUCCUAGAAGUGAAAGGCUUCAGUUUCAGCAACGAAAUCGUGACAGAAGUAUAUACCCAUGGCCGAGACCACAAAUUAUGCGUGUGGCGCUUCCGCGCCCAAGACGAGGAUCUCCUCCAGAAGACCCUCCCCGUGGACAUGCGCGAGCAGCAGCAGUCCCAAGCAACCCAACCGUGGCUCGUCCACUCGCUGCCCGUUAAUGCUCUGAAUUUCUGCGCCUUCUCCAUGCUCUUCCUCGACAAUCAGACAGCCCCAGAUGCGUCAGACGCCCAGCCACCCGGGCGCGCUUCGCUCUUCGCCGUCCCCAACGCCCUCGACUCAGGCGCAAUCGACCUCUUCCACCUGCCGCGCGAAAGACGCCUCUGCACCAUCCCAGCCGGCACAGCCGCGCAAACGGGGAUGGUCAUGGCCGUGGCCCUCUUCUACUCAUCUAGCCGGGAACUCCACGUCGCGGCCGCCUACGAAGACGGCCAGGUGAUGGUUUUUGCGCGGCGAGGGGCGCAGGAUUUUUCGGGAAAUGCAAUUUCCUGGAAAUGGGAGAAGGUUUAUGUCGCGCGGCCGCAUUCCCAGCCCGCCUUGUCGAUUGAUGUUUUUCCCGCUGGGGGGUAUUUUGUUUCGUCGUCGGCGGAUGCGUUGUUGGUCAGGCAUCCUGUUCCGGGGUUUGGGGAGACGACUACGCUGAAGACGGUGGAUACGAAGCAUUCCGGGCAGCAGGGGUUGAGAAUUCGGUCUGAUGGGAGGGUGUUUGCGACUGCGGGCUGGGAUUCGAGGAUUCGCGUGUAUUCUUGUAAGACGAUGAGGGAGUUGGCGGUUUUGAAGUGGCAUAAGGAGGGCUGUUAUGCGGUUGCUUUUGCGGAUGUGGUGGGUUUUGAUGUUUCGGGUGGUACUGCUACUACUACGAAGGGUGAUGGAGAGUUCUCGCUUGCUACGGUGCAGCGUCAGCGGAAUCAGAAGGUCCAGAAGACGCAUUGGUUGGCGGCGGGUUCAAAAGAUGGAAAGAUCUCAUUGUGGGAUAUCUACUGA